AGAUAUCGCGAAACGGGAUUCCGUUGCGAAGCACCAUUUCAUGGAAAUUGCAAAGAAAUGGCUGCGGCUCGCGAGCGACUGGGAAGAGGGAAUUCUGCUGUCCUCCGAAGGGACUGCGCGGAGUUGCCUGCAUGCGCUUGCGGUUUUGAACUCUACUACUUGCAGGGGAAAUACUGCGCAGGAGGACCAGCACCAGCAAGCUUCGCCGCUGAAACAGUUCUACGAUAAGGAGCUUUACAACCUGCGCAGACUCGUGAUCAAAACUGCGAUGGAAAUCCAGCUCCCCGUGAUACAGCACCAGGACGGUCUUGCGGCGACGAAGAAGUACGUUUGGCUGGUUGACUCCACUUUGUACAAGCCCGCGGGCAAUCUUAUCGUCGAUGUGGACUCCUUCGAAAAGCCAAGGGGGAUUGAGUCGUUAAACCUGUUGCCCGGGGAUGAAAAAGAGUUCGAAAGACUGCGGAAGCUGUACGUGGAGAGACUUAUGGAGUGUAUAGAAGAGGACGAGAAGAUAAUGAAAACGGGACAGCCUACUUCCAACGGCGGAGGCUUUGUCGGUCGUUCUGACGAUGAAAGCGGAAAAAUGCACCUCUCCGAGGACUCCAAUGGACCUGCAUCCUUAUCCCCGAUCGACGACAACAUGGGUGUGAUUGGUACAACUUCUGCCAACGAUAAAGCUGCUGGAGAAAAACCUUCUUCCUUCCUGCGAGAUCUCCUGUCCGCGGCCCACCGGAAGAGAUUCGCGGACCGGAGCGAGUAUUUGAAAAACUUUUUAGACAAGUUAACGCGGCAACUGCAGGUGUUCCAAAAACCGGACAAGACAACCCCGCUUCUCCCUCUCGCCGAACAGGCGCGGCUAUCUGCGAAACAGCGGACCGAACUGUUUUUGCAGGUUUUCAUGGAGCGGAGCGGGUCCCAAGACUCGGAGGAGUUUAAGAAGCAGGUCUUUGACGCAGGAAUUGCGCGGGACAAUUCUUCCUCGUUCAGCACCACUACCGGCGGGGCGGCUGGAGUGAAGAUGAAACUGCUGCCACUGCCUGAAGACACAACGAUGAAGACUUGGAAAAUACAUGCCUCCAUGUUUUUCAAACGAUUCAUGUUUUUGAUCCGCAGCUCCGUAGGCGAAGGAAGACUGCAGCUGUUCCAUGUAUAUUUAGACCACUUACUUAUUUUCUUCAGGUGCUGGAGUUUCACUUUCAAAUACAUUUUUGUGGUGAAGAUGCUCUCGCUCCAAUUUAUUUUCUAUCUUGUUUUAGUGACAGGCAUUUUAUUUGCAGCUCCUAGAAGCAACAAGAGUGAAAUAUUCAUGAGUAGCUCGUCCUCCUGAACGCGGGAACGAAUGAUAUAAAAAAUCAAACACCGACCAGUCUCCUCCCCUCCUUCGCUUUAUCGCCUUCGUUUUCAACGGCCUCGACUUCGUUUUUCCGGACCAUGACCUGCCGAAACCCGAUAGCGAUGCGGAACUGCAACAGGAGUGGCACCUUAGACAAGCGUGGGAGCUGUUUCAUUUGCUCAAAUUGGAAAUGGAGGCUGAUGACGUGCCCUCUGGUUACCACGACCGAUCUCUUCCUGCUUUCUUCGGUCCCUGGACCUUCAAACGGCUUUUCGAAGACAAAUUGCAGCUGCCCAACCCCGCGGAGAAGCUGUUCUAUGCCAGCAUCCGGAUCGCGAGAAGGAAGAAGCAAACCUUUCUGGAGAGGUCACUCCCUUUAUGCAAGAAAAGAACUGUGUAGGUGUAACUCUGUGAUGCGGAAAGUGCAAAACUGUUUUACAGUUGUCAUGCUGGAUGUGCGUCAUGGGCUACUUUUAUACGUGUUUCCACGUACUAGCUGCGCAUGACAGGUUUUCCCUGUAAUGCAAAACGAAUUUGUGAUGCUGCUCUUGUUCCUACGAAGUUACACUUCCAUACACAGUUUUUUUCCUGGAUACCCUUGGGACAGAGUGCACAACCAGAAGCAAGUAAAAACGCUGCGGGCGAAAUUCCAGCUGCAGUCUGAUUGGCUCAGACUCAUUGCGAGUGACUACUUACCGGAUUACGUUCUGGAGAUGGAGGAGCGGAAGCGGUUCAAUGGUAUCGAAAGGAAGAAUCCCCCCUCCCUAUAUCAAAACGGAAUUUCUGAUGCUGGAUUUGUGUACACAAAUCAGCUUUGUAUUGCAGAGAGGCAUUGCCAUUGCGGCCAGAUCUCCAGGCUUAGUAGGGGCGUACGGGUCUAGUAGUAGUUCAACAUGGCAAACGGCUCCCCUUUCGGCCCAACAGCAUGACAAAUCGCUUCCACAAUACAUAGGGCGGAAGCUUCUGCCCUUGUCUUCUUGCAUAGACAAAAGUGAUUUGUGGCCUCAAAUCAGCAACGCAAAAAAUUUUCGGAGACAUACCGUUUCAAUAUGGGGAGGGGGGAUUUUUCCUUACGAUAAAUAGCGGAGCGAAAUUUCGAAGUUUGCUGGUGAAUUCUUCUUCUCCCACCGCGGCUCCUCAGCAGGGUAGCGUCGUUGCGGCAGACCAAAUCAUGGACCUGCAGAUGAUUGAGGAUGAAUUUAUGCUACAGAACUACGCCCAGCUGACGCAGUUUGCCCUGGAAAGGGACGAGACGAAGUUCCGGGUUUAUUUGCGCAGAGCAACAUACACACACAGGGCCACAAAUCUUCUGAGCAAGGUCUUCCCGGUGGACAUUUUCCGGUACGGAAGGCGCGAAACGUCUGGGCAUGGGCUGCUUCCUCGCACGGAAGUAAGAACUCCGGCGGACAAAGUAUGGCUUACUCAGAUGUUACAAUCUCAAAUCGGUUACCAUAGAAUUUGAAACUUGUGUUGCAUGAUGAGCAUGACAGACUCGCAGAGUGAUGCUCCACUUUCUGCAAUACAAAUUUCGCCAGAUUGUAGCGGGGUUUGGGACUCCGGAACUUGUCAUGCGCAAUCCUAUGAGAGUGGGCUAGAACAUGCACUCUUGCAUCACAGAUUUCCGUAUUCUAUUGUAACGUUUGAGAUUGUAACAGCUGAGCAGGUUAUACAAAGAAACCACUUGCUGCGAUGAGGUUUUCGAAAAGCUGCUGAAACUGGAUCCAAGUCUGAUCGCGCUGGCAGAAAACAUUUUCGACCACAACACCUUUAGGACGCACAUCACGGCACUGUGUACCGGACCAGCCGCGAGUGGUAAUCCAGAGGACGAGUUGUCGCAAAUGGGUAUCAGUGCUGGCGUGAUACAAAGAACUCAAAAAAUGUCGAAGAGAGUCAAGCAGUUCCGUUUUGGCACAUUGGAUGAAAUAUCCAAGAAAAAACAACCAUAUUACCCAUCCAAUUUGUCAUGCAAAACCUACAUCAUUUUCAGGAUUUGUCAUGCAAAAAAUGGAUGGGGAUGGUUGGUUUAUUUUUUGUCCAGGAUAAGACAUAACCCUUCUCGAUUUCGCCCGGGUGAGGCGAGAGGACCUGUUUUCAAAGUGGCUAGAUCUCGCUCAGGACCGGAAAAAGGUGAAUUGGGAUACUGUGCUGUUCCCCGAAGAUUUGGACCACGCGCUGGGCAAGUUUGGCUUUCGCUCCAUUUUCCUGGACGAAUUCGAUAGUAAGAAUGCCGCAUCAUCUAUUACUGGUGCGCUAGGGGGCAACACAACGACAACGACCUCCGCCCCAGCAGGAACAUCUUCAAGUCUACCAGCAGCAGAGACCCCGGAAGCCCCUACCAACGCGAUCGCCCUGCCGCUGAGACAGCUGCUUCGGCUGUCGGGGCCGGCGGCCCGGAUCUUUGCGAAAGAAGCGAAGUUUUGGGUCUUAUCCGAUGCGGCGGACUUGCAGUUUCGGAGUGCAAAGAUGCAGCAAUUCGUGCAGAAUCCAAGCACGAGCUUUGUCCAGGUUUUGGAAUUGUUACAGGAAUUAGCUGUGGUUCCGGAUAAAAAGGAAGAGAUGUUGAGCAGCAGCUACACAGGUGGAACGAGCAAGGGUAAGGGGAAGAAUGGUGACCAAGGCAAUGCAGCUUUCCAAGUAGCCCCAAUGCAAAACAUCCCUGGUGCCGCGACCGCAGCGAACAGCAUGAUCACGCCGAACAGCGGCUCUGACCCAGAGAGCUCCGACAAGGAUAAAAACGACGAAGCGAAGCAGGCCGCGAACGCGACGCUACUCGAAUCGCUCGUCAUAUGGAAGCGUCAGGAUUGAAAUCGUCAAAGUUGAAAUGAUUCCUCAUGCAGGAAUUGCAAGGCAUGAAGUGCCUCUCUUGCAGGGAUGGGAAGUGAGGCCGACUGUCAGCCUGUUUGGGGUCUGCGAGAGAGCUGCUAAAGUAGCAUGACAAAAGACGCCGUCUUCUAUCCCUAAACAGCAUGACAGACUGGAUUUAGACGGUGCCGAAAUUUGUCAUGCACCGCUUAGAAAUUGGGCUUUUAACUGGUAUCGAUUUUAUGCAUUACAAAUCAUUUCAACUUUGUCGAUUUCAAUCCUGACACUCCCAUACGUCAUCGCGAGCUUGCAAACCGACUCGGCCGCCCACGUGGUUUCCUUUCUCCUCUCCCCACGCAUGCUGCGAAACCCGCAGACGCAGCGGAUCGCCGCGACGGUGCUACGGGCUUUGGGCACGAGGCUGACGAAGCAGCAAAUGCUAAUGCUUUGUGAGCACUUACUGCAGAAACCCCGGAAGCCGUGCUUGAAAAUGCUGCUGCACAAGCAGUAUGGAUUGCAAAAAUGUCUGGGUCUGGAAGAAUGCAGGAGUUUGUGAUGCAGAUUUUGCAUGACCCAUGAGGUCUGUGAUGCAUGCCCUAGCAUCAGAGACUCUGCGAGGGCUUUCUGAUGCUCAUACCGCAUGAAAAAUGCCCUCUCCGCGUAGCACAAAUUACACCUCUUUUGCUGUUCAUGCAAUACAGAUUUUAUGUAGAGUCCAAAGGUAGCAUCAUAAGUUGCAUCCUUCCAGACCCAGACAUGUUUGCAUUUGAUAAGCAGAUCCUGCGAAUCGUCAUGGACCAAGUGGAAAAUCCGGUGAAUUUUGCAGAGGGGAAAAAAGUAUGAAAUGCAAAUAUGUCUGGGUCUGGAAGAGUGUAACUUGUCAUGCUAAAUCUGAAUCGUGGAAAAAUUUGUAUUGCAUCAUUACCAAAAGAGGUCCACUCUUUAACAAGUUCAGAGGCAGUUUCUCAUGCAGGAAAGGCAUGAUAGAGAUCUUACAGAACCUGUCUUCAUGCUAGACCGUGCAUGCCAAACCGUGCGGGUCAUGGAAAACCUGCAUGACAAACCUAGCACUCUUCCAGACCCAGACACUUUUGCACAGGAUAAAAAGCAGCGGACAUUUUGUUGAAAGAGUUCAAGGAAAUCUCCGAGAAGCCGUGGAAAACGCAGAAUUUCAAGACGAAACAGGAGUUCUGGUCGUUUAAUUAUCGAAAGUUGGUGGAGUUGAACGAGCAGUUAUUUGCUCUUGGAAACAUAAACACCACUUCUUCGAGGACUGCUGCAGCUUUUGGAUUUUUCGCAAAGCAGGAGGCGAAGGUGAUUCAGAAGAACAUACAGACGUAUGGAGUUUUGGAUGUGAAAAAGUUGCAAUUUCAGCAAGUCCAGGACAAAUCUGUAGUCAAAGAAAUGAAAGACAAGGUGAAGGAAAGAAACGAUUUACUGUCGAAAUUUGCGGGAAUUCUGGAUCGCACGAAGGACAUGCAGAACUUGAUUUUGGAAAGAGUCACAGCAUCUGUAAUGCUGGUGAACGUAAGGAAUCUCGAUGAGGAGACACGGGAAGAUCAACUGCAAAGUACAAAUCGAGGGAAUAGUAAAACAAACACAACACCGCCUCCAACCACAUCUGGAUCUUCGGCCGACGCAUCUAUCGCGGACAUGCAGCAAGCCUGCUACUGGAAAAUUCUCGAUUACACGGCCGAAAACUCGUGUUUCUUCGACUGCGAUGUUCUCGCCUCGAUUUUCCUCGCCCCUCUUGCCUUUGAAACGGAUUUGAUCGGAAAAGUGACCAGAAUGAAGAUGAAAAAAGUCUUUCAGUCCCACCGACAGCAAAGCCAUCCGCUGCACAAAAACAGUACUUCCGCUGCAGACGAAGCAAACGCGUUUGCCUACGGAACGAAGUAUAAAGUCGGGAGGAGCAAAAUUUUCCAGUCCUUUUUCACGACAACAGGCCUCACUCUCGCCGCAGCCGAUUUUUCCCUCGAGGGGGCCCCGAGUCCCAGCUACACUAGCCACAACAACUCGCUGACCCACUAUUCCCGGGGAAGUUCGGUGUCGAAAGCGUUGGUUUGUUACGGGAGGUGUAAAAUCCCAACGGAGUUGUUGGAGUUGAUUGUUGAUUACACAGAAGACGCAUUUGAACUAGAUGUGGAGAAAGAGCAACAGGCGUUGUCUCUCGUGAGCAAAGACGUGUUGACAACGACGACGGUACCAGGUCGUGCUGCCACAGCAGCGGAGCAAGAGCAACAAUUAUUCGCGUUUCACGAAGAUGAAUUUAAACAGCGGCAAGCGGUGAAAGAGAUGCAGGUUUUGAGAGGUCUCGCUAAGCAGGUGAAGAAGGAGAACAACCGCGGCGGGAGCUGCAACAGUAACUCAGCGGUGGAACAACUCCAAGAAGACAACUACUUGCAGAAAGACUGGCCGAAUCUGGAGAAAGGGGUAGCGAUGCUGGAAAGGUUGAAAGCAUCGCUGUUGAAAUCUUCCUGUGCAAGCACCACUGGAGCUUCUUCCACUUCACCCACUACUUCUACUACGCAUUCACCCUCCACUCCUAUCCGCAGCUUACUCCGCCAGUCCAUUGACUCUGUGAGGAAAGACGCCGACAAGGUUCUAGUCACUGACGGAAACGACGCGUUGCUGAAGCUGGUGGAGAUGCGGCUGGAUGCGCUCAAGUGUCAAAAGGUGUUUUUGGACGACAAAGAUGCGGUGGAUGAAGAACUCCUUCAAGAAGGCAUUGGCAUUACUUCCUCUUCCAAACAAGCGAACACUGUCCAGCAAAGAGCGGAAUUGGAGAUGGGUGGUUCUAUGGAGUUGAGCGAGUUACCAUACUUGAAAAACGUCAUGAACCUCAUCCGCGAGUUUUCAACUAAGGCAGAGACUGCGUACAGAUCGACUACCGGGACUCCUGUAUCAAUGCAAGCCGCAGCUUCAGCCUCAACAGGCUCAGUGGGGGUACUAGCACCCUCUUCAGAUCAAGAACAAGCACCUUCCUACAGCUACGUCGAGAAACAGCAUCUCUUCCACCGGACGAUUCACUACGCUUACUACCUGCAAUUAGCCGAAAUCCUCAAGUGUAUCCUCCUAGGCCGGAUGCUAUUGGAAGGGGUUCUCCGGAUGAAACAACUUGCUUCCACUUGGGAAUUGAACUUCGCGAAGACCAAAAACAACAGCUCCGGAGACCGUGGUGGGAAGAAGCAAAUCGGGACUGUGAUCCACGCGAAAAACAACGCGUUUGUAGAUUCUGUUGCGCAUUCUGUGGUUAGUAGCAGUCUCGGGAUCUGGGAGUCGACCAUGCGUGGGUUUCUGGAAAAAAACAGGAGUGGUGGUGUAGUUGCAAUGGAAGUGGAUGAAAGUAGCGCGGGCGUCGGACUGCUCGGAGGAAAUACGAGUGCAGCCACGACAGCUCACCUUGAUGUCCUCGACUCCUUGAGAAACCAGCUCGGAUCCUCGCUGCACACCCUGCUCCACACCCCCUUCCUCGAAGCGGUCCAGAUCGAGCACGUAGUUACGCAGACGCAAAACAGUACCACUGCGACGCCCUCCACAAUUCAUCCGCAAAUCCGGCUCACGAAAAAGGAUUUCUCCACCCUGCACCUUUCCCUGCUUUCUGGCUGUCUUUACGAAUUCAGCCCGCAGCAUCUGUUCGGUUUCUCCUACAUGCACGAGCAGACGAUCGCUGGGCUACUGUUGAACUCUCUCAAACAGUCGAAGGAGUUGCGACUCUUCGCACAUCAUGCGAACACCGACACGACGACAACUGGCGGGGGCAACAGAGACCCCCUGGGACUUUUCGCAAUGGUGGCGGGAAUGAUAGUGGACGAGGCAAAGGAAGAAGGAAGGACUAAAGGUGACACGAAACACAAGGUCCCGUGGAAACAGGUGCUCAAGCCGUGAAAGUAAUUUUGGAAUACAAAUUUUGAAGUCCUUUGCAGAUAUGUCGAUGGCGUAGGCGUUCGCAAUCGUAUUACGAAGCUGUUUUUGUAUACGACGUAGUGUUAUAUUUUCAGACCUGUGAUAAAUGACCUCCAACAGUACUCAAAACUAAGUUUUGCUAUUGCUGGUAUACCACCGUAUCAACAAAGAUAAAGAGAUGAUGAAUCUGACACCUUGGUGACAAGCUUUCAAAUGUCUACGUGGAUAAUUUCAAAUGAAUCCUCGAUGGGAAGGGUAUCGAAAAAGAAACACUACACUCCUCGAGAAAAUUGGUGAUUGAAAGUAUUUUUGAAGCGACGGAUUGAUACAUAGAUCACGCACUGGCAGCUACUUACUCGUGUUGCGCUUAGUACCUGACCUAUUGAAGACUUUUUUUCUACUCUCUCGAGCCUAACUCAGCUUGAGCCUGUGGCUUGCAGAACCACGGCAGAACGAGUAAGUCUGAAUUUUCGCAAGAAGGUCAUUGAUGC